CCACUGACACUGUGUCUCUGAGUUCUUUUCUUUUGUGUAGUCCACAGGAUUUGUUGUAAAAGUCCUUGAAUGUGGACCCUGAAUCUGCAGAAAGGGGAUUUCAGUGCAUAUUAGAUUCCCCUCUCAUCCCUCCUCCCCCUCCGGCCACGCUCACUCAGCCCUCCCCAGUCCCACCCCUCAUCCCCUCCUCCAAAGGUAUUUCAACAAGAAUUCCAGUCUUUGUUUCUGAGACAGAAACACAGAGAAGAGUAACAAGAAGAAUGAAUGCUUCUGUGAUAAAUGCUCCCCAGAGUGGGUUAACAUUCAGGGAUGUGACUGUGGACCUCUCACAGGAGGAAUGGGAAUGUCUGGACUGUGGUCAGAGAACAUUGUACAUGGAUGUGAUGUUGGAGAAUUACCACAAUCUAGCCUUUGUGGAGAAUCAUCGCAUAUGUGGUAAAUAUGAGAAGGGCUUGAAUCAAGGCGCAAAGCACAUUGUCCAUGAGGAUGUGAAUAGCCAGGAGAAGUCUUAUAAAUGUAAUGAGCUUGGGAACAUAAUUCAUGAAUCCUCCCGAUGUACACCUUAUGACACAAAUGAUACUGCAGAAUAUUGCAACAAGUACAGAUUUGAUAUCCACAGAGAUGCUUCUGUUGAAACAUAUGUAAACAGACAUAAAAGUGGGAGCACUGGAGAAGAACCUUGCAAAUAUAAAGAGUCCAUAAACUGUUUAAAUUUGUAUUCUAUCAUUAGCCAAAAUCAAAGAAUUCACACAGGGAAGAAAGGACACCAAAAUACAGAGUGUGAUAAAUCUUUUGACUUUCAAACUAAAAUCACACAGAAAUGUACCAAUCGUGGGAAGAAACUACACCAAUGCAGGAAAUGUGGAAAAUGCUUCAAGAUGUGCUCAAGCCUCAGUGGACAUCACAGGGCUCAUAUUAGAGAGAAAACUUAUAAAUGUACAAAAUGUAGUAAAUCCUUUUUGCAUUUGUCCCAACUCAAAGUCCAUUACAAAAUCCAUUGCAGAGAAAAACCUUACAAAUGUACAGACUGUGCUAAGUGCAUUUAUCAUACACCCAACAUUGAACGGUAUUAUAGGAUCCACACUGGAGAGAAUACUUACAAAUGUAGUGAUUGUAGCAAAUCCCUUAUAAGUGCCUCAUUGCUUAGAACACAUCAGAGAACCCAUUCGGGAGUGAAACUUUACAAUUGUAGCAAAUGUGAGAAAUCUUUUUCCAAGAAAGACCAUCCUAGAACUCAUCAGAGAAUGCAUUUAAGAGAGAAACCUUUCAAAUGUAGUGACUGUGACAAAUCCUUUUCUAAGAAAGAUAAUCUUAAAACUCAUCAGCGAAUCCAUACAGGAGAGAAACCUUAUAAAUGUAGUGACUGUGACAAAUCCUUUUCUAAGAAAGAUAAUCUUCAAACUCAUCAGCGAAUCCAUACAGGAGAGAAACCUUACAAAUGUAGUGAAUGUGGUAGAUCUUUUACCCUGAAAGGCUAUCUUAAAACUCAUCAGAGAAUCCAUACAGGAGAGAAACCUUACGAAUGUAGUGACUGUAACAAAUCCUUUACCCAGAAAUCCAGUCUUAGAAUUCAUCAGCGAAUCCAUACAGGAGAGAAACCUUACAAAUGUAGUGACUGUGAAAAAUUCUUUACCCAGAAAUUCACUCUUAGAAUUCAUCAGAGAAUCCAUACAGGAGAGAAACCUUACAAAUGUAAUGAAUGUGACAGAUCCUUUACCCUAAAAGUCAAUCUUACAAACCAUCAGAGAAUCCAUACAGGAGAGAAACCUUACAAGUGUAGUGAAUGUGACAAAACUUAUUCCAAAAAAGACCAUCUUAGAAUUCAUCAGAGAAACCAUACAGGAGAGAAACCUUACAAAUGUAGUCAAUGUGAGAAAGCUUAUUCCAACAAAGACCAUCUUAGAAUUCAUCAGAGAAUCCAUACAGGAGAGAAACCUUACAAAUGUAGUCAAUGUGACAAAUCCUUUACCCAGAAAUUCACUCUUAGAAUUCAUCAGAGAAUCCAUACAGGAGAGAAACCUUACAAAUGUAGUGAAUGUGACAAAUCCUUUACCCAGAAAUUCACUCUUAGAAUUCAUCAGAGAAUCCAUACAGGAGAGAAACCUUACAAAUGUAGUAAAUGUAACAAAUCCUUUUCAAGAAGUUCAGUUCUUAAAAAACACCAGAAAACUCAUAUGGGUGAGAAGCCUUAUGAAUGGAGUGAAUGCAAGAAAUCCUUUACUCAGAAAGGCAGUCUUAGAACUCAUCAGAGAAUACAUACAUGAAACUUUAAAAAUGUAGUGAAUGUGACAAAUCCUUUACUGUUGGCUCAUUUCUUAGAAUACAUCAGAGACUACAUCCAAGAGAGAAACUUUACAAAUGUAAUAUAUGAGGAAAAGACUUUACCUGCCCCUCAAGUCUAAGAUGGAAAUUCAUACCAUUGGGAAGGGAUUUCAUAGGAAAUAAUGUGUUAUGUGCAUUAUCCAAGCUCUAUCCUUAGUGAUGCUUGAUGCUCCACACUAAAGAAUCAUUAUGAAUGUGAGAAGCUUGUGAAAGUCUUUAAGUAAUGUUCAAAGCUUAGAAAAAAAUCAAUUAUGUUGAGGGAAAUUCUGAAAUGUGGCAAUAUAGGAAAUUUUACAUUAAAACUUUUUACUUCUUCAACCUCAAAUUCUUUGUAAUGAAGUCAAAAUGGAGAAAUCUGCAGUGUAUGCUAUUAUGUAACAGUUUCCUGGAGAUUGGAAUGAUUCAUUCUGAGGGGAAGCUGAUUAUGGCAGUAAAUACACCACUCACAAUAGCUUCAAGAAAUCCCAGAAAUUGACAGGAUUCAGUAUGCUUAACUCAAAUGAAGAAACUCAGAUAAACCAUGCUGCUUAGAAGGGGAUUUGAGCCUCCAAGAUAGAUUGCUCUUUAACCUGUAUGUAUGCCUACAGGUUUGCAAAUGUUCUCUGGGUGUGCAUUAUUCAUAUGCUGUAUCACAUGGUGGUUUCAAGUUUCAUGAUAGCAACUGUGUUGAAUUUCUUGUGCUCCAGUGAGCAAUUCCUGCCCUGUAGCUGAAAGUUUUCCUGUGUCCCACCUGGUCUCAUAGCCACUCAGACCCAAUAUGGCUCUAUUUAUCAACUAAUAAGAGUAACACAUAUUCACAGCAUACAGAAAGGCAUCCCACAGCACUUCCCCUUUUCUGUCUAAUCAAAAUGGAAGGUUUUAAAUUUAACAUAGUAAAAUUACAUCUAACAAAACAGUUAUCAAGCAAGAAUUGUUGUUACAAUAUCUAGUCUAUGUGUAUUUGUCAAAUUCAAAGAAAAUAUUCUAUUUAUCUUAUAAUUGUGAGCUUAAGGUUUCAUAUAUAACUUACCUUUUAUCAUAACCAAGAAAAAUUAUAACUAUCUAGUCUUCAAUUACAUCAAAGAUCUCCCAAGGAUAUAAUAUUACCUAACAGGAAAAGCAUUGUAAGCAACCUCCAAAAUUCUGGAAAUGACAGAGACAGCUGCCUGCCUGGACAGUCAUCCAAAGUUCCUCUGUCAUGUUGGGGCAUCCAUCUUCAGCCAAUAGGCCUAGAGUUUUUUAGUUGCUUCUCCCUGUGUCCUGUAGAAUGUCUGGCAGUCUCCUCUGUGAAGCAGAAACCUGAAGAACCAUUUUGCCUUGCAAAGUUCACUGGCUACCUUCCUAUGUGUCCUGCAUAUCCAGUUUAUAUAACAUUAUCAGCAGUCCAGGCAAGAGCAUUUUCUUGCCCAAAUGGCUAUUUUUGCCAAGAAGAAGAUAAACUCAUAUGGAGUAUCUUCAAUACCCAUUUUCCUCUUUGAAGUAAGUUGGUGCUGCCAGGAGCAGACAUGUCUCACUGUCCAUAAUGUCUAAGUUUUUAAAACAUUUUAAAUGCCAUAUUCUGUAAGGCUUUGAAGUGUUUCAAGAUUACUUACUUAAUUGAAAUAUAUCUUUAUAUAUACCUAAAGAAACUUAACUAACAUGAUUAUAAGUUUGAUUAUCAUGGAUGACUAAUUAUUAAUCUGUAUUUCUUAUACGUUACAAUUUCAAAUGAGCUGCACAAACAUACCUUAAACAAGAGUAGAAAUAUAGUAUAACAAAAUUAACUUUAAAUUUGUAUCAAUAAAGUAAAAUCCAUAUCAUUGUAAAACAUUUCAAAUAAGUUGUUAUUCUUUAAAAGUAGGUUCAAUAAUCUACCCUUUCAUUCUAUUAUAUCUAUAUCAUAUCCUUUUUUCUUCAUUAGAAAGAGACUGCAUUUAUAAUCAAUCCUCUUUAAAUAAAAAUAUACAUUUUUUGUAAACAAUAUUUUGGGAAUUUGGGUGUAGCUUCUAAUACUACUUCCUGCUGGUUGAGGGUGAAGACAUCUUUACGGGAUCCUGAGAAAAUUAAGAAUUAUGGUCAAGUCCUGACUGGAAUAGUCUGUGAGGCUAUAUUCUCUGAAGCAGUUGCCUUGAAGCCAUUCUGGAUGUUGGAUCAUGUGGGCCAUGGUGUCAUCGGAGACCUUUCAGGGAGUCUUGACUGAUCAAACCAUAUUAGCCUGGAAGCAAUUCACAGGUUCUCAUCUUCUGUGGAAACAAAAGCAGGACCUCUUUUCCAAAGCAACAUAUCCUUAGACAUAAACUUUGAAGUCAAAAUACCUUUAAAUAUAUAUAUAUAUAUAAUAUUAUAUUAUAUUAUAUUAUAUUAUAUUAUAUUAUAUUAUAUUAUAUUAUAUUAUAUUGAUUUAACUGAGCAGCCUUUACAAUCAAAUAUCUUUCUGCAGUUAAAGAUCCCAAUACAAUAUAAUCCAGACUCUGUGUAUGAUUUCAAUCUUUACAUGGCUAUUUUUUAUAUUACUUUUACUGUCUCUUUAAAUGACUUUAUUUUUUAAAACUAUUUCUUUAUAUAACUGUCUAUCCUUUUUCUCUCUUGAAAGCCUAUGUACAUUUUUACACACAUUGUAAACUGUUUAGAGGUUUAUUCCAUCUGAGUCUGCCUUAUUGUUAAUCUAUUGCUUUAAACUGCAGCUUGGCUAGGUCAGAAUUGGCAGUCUUGGCUGCUGACUCCUCCCACCUUAGCUUCCCAACAUGGUGGAGGUAAUUUACCACCAGCUCUGGGAGCAAUGCUGUCUGCCAGUUCUGGAAGGCAGUGUGUCUAUGUCUCUAUCAAGCAGCAUGUAGCUCAGUAACCCUUUUUAUAGUAGCAAAAGCUAAACCCACCAUGGAUUAGAGACACCUCUGUGUACUGUGGUGGGAAUCCGCCAUGCUGCAGGUCAAGCCCACAUGCCACAAAUCUGCCAUACUGUAGCUCAAGCCUGCAGGCUGCAGCUGGCCUGAGAGACACACUAGGAAGCUGUUUUAAGCUUCAUUUUACAAUCUUUUUUAAAGUUUCUCAGGUUUUGGGUGGAAAUUCUUGCUCCACAUUGGGGAGCUAAACAUAACUGGAAGUUUUCCUGUGUCCUGCCCAGUCCCUCAGCCACUCAGACCCAAGUAAACACACAAAGGCUUAUAUUAAUUACCAAUUGCAUGGCCUAAUGCAGGUCUCUUGCUAGCUAGUUCUUAUAUCUUAAAUCAACCCAUUUCUACUAAUCAGUGUUUGGUCACGUGUUCCACGGCUUUACCAAUCUGCUGGCAUGUUGUUCGGAGGCAGUAGCUGGUGUCUCUCUCCACCUUCUUCCUGUCUCUCUGCUUGAAUUUCCUGCCUGCCUCUAAGCUGCCUUGCCAUAGGCCAAACAGCUUUAUUGAUCAACUGAUCAGAGCAACACAUUCACAGCAUAUAGAAAGAUAUCCCACAGUACUUCCCCAUAUUCAUGUGUGCAAUUCCAAUAAAGCUCUCUGAUUCAAAAAGUUGGCCUUGCCUCUGUUUUCAGUUUCCAGUUGUGAGUAGAUGCAUAUGCAUGUUGCAUCUCCCUAGGAAAAGUGUCUCAUGAAACAUGUGUUGAACCCAUUAAGUGUUCCUCCAAACUUAUAAACAGAAAAUUGAUAUUAGAGCAGCAGUUAUCAACCUGUGGGUCUCAUACUUUCAUAGGGUUUUCCUAAGAUACAGUAAAACACAUUAUUUCUGAUUAUCUUAGGAACUGAGACACUAAUCCUCUGUGCAACUCCAGGUGAGUCUCCCUAUGUGCAGAUACACAUAUAGGAGUACUUGGAACUGCUUUGAAGGUUUGCAGUAUUAGGAAAGUUGGAACUACUGUAUUAAAGAGAAGGCAUUUGAGUCACAUAACCUAGGUAAGAUUGUGCCCAGUACUCCAGGCUUCCUGCCAUAGUAUUUGUUGGAGUUCAAAGAGCUCCACACAUACAAAAUAUAAAGGAUUCAGGGGCUGGAGAGAUGGCUCAGAGGUUAAGAGCACUGACUGCUCUUCCAGAGGCCCUGAGUUCAAUUCCCAGUACCCACUUGGUGGCUCACAACCAUCUGUAAUGAGAUCUGGUGCCCUCUUCUGGCCUGUAUGCUGUAUACAUAAUAAAUAAAUUUUUUUAAAAAAAGGAAAAUAAAGGAUUUGGCUUCAGAAGGCUGCUCUCUUUCUCUGCAAUGUUGGGGCAUCUGUCUUUGGCCUACAGGCCUGGCAUAUCUGAUAGACUUAUCUGUGAAGCAGGAUUUUCUGGAGGGCUUUCCUACCUUGUCUUGGCAAAGUUCAGUAAUCCUUUCUUUUGUGUUCUGCUUGUCACAUUUGGACAGCAUACUGUCAGCAGUCAAGGCAAGGACAUUUUCUUGCCCAGUGGCUAAUUUUUGUCACAAAGAAAGUAAAUUCUAUAUGGAGUUUCAUCAAUGCCCAUCAUCUUAUCUGAAGUAGAUUGGUGCUGCCAGGAGCAGACAUGUCUCGUCAUUUUUUUUAAAAAAAAGGAAUCUAUGUUAUUAAGACAUCUUAAAUGCCAUAUUCUGUAGUUCUCUGAAGUGUUUAAGAAUGACCUAUCUAUCUAAAAUAUAUGUUUGAACUUGAAAACAUACCUAACAUGACUACAGAUUCAAUUGUAAUGACUAACUAGUAACUUGCAUAUUUUUUCCCUUUUUUUUUUUCUUUUUCUGAGACAGGGUUUCCCUGUGUAGUUUUGGUGCCUUUCCUGGUUCUGUAGAUGAGGCUAGCCUCAAACUCACAGAGAUCCACCUGGCUCUGCAUCCUGAGUGCUGGGAUUAAAGGUGUGCACCACCACUACCCAGCUGCAUUUCUUUAUACCCUAGUUUGUAAUAAUAACUUUUAAGGACUAGAAAUUUGCAUUACAUUGUUAAAUGAGUUGUAUAGGUACAAUACUUUGAACAAAAUUAAAAAUGUAUAUGCAGUAUGUUCUAACAAAAUUAAUCUCAAAUUUGUAUGAUAUACAAAAUUUGUAUACAACAUAUAAAAAUCCAAUCCACAAUGUAAAAUAUUUAAAACUAGUAGUUUCUUUUUAAAGUAGAUUCAAUAAUCUACCUUUUUUAUUUUAUCAUAUCUAUACUCUCCAUUUUUCCUUUUCAGAGUAGAUUCAGUAAUCAGCUUUUUUCCUGACCAUUGCCAAUACAACUUGUAAUCAACCACCCUAAACAAUGACAAAUAUCCAUAACCCAUUGAACUACCAAAUACCACCCACAUCACCUGUUGGGAUUGUGGACAUCAUGUUCUUAAAUUUACUUCUUGCUUUCUGGGGGUGAUGGCAUCUUUAGGGGGCCCUGAACUGAAAAAUUUGGGUUAAUUGUCAAGUCCUGAGAGAGAUAACUGCAUUAUUUGUUGUCUAGUCUCUGUGUAAUGGGGAAUUGCAUGGUUUGUCUCAUAUCCUGGUGAGGCUGUACCAUCUCAGCUAGCCACCUCAAAAUUGUCCUGAGAAGUUUGUAGUGCAAAGCCAAUCUUUGAGUAGUGUUUGUUAGCUUAACAAUGUUAUCAUAGUCCAUGUGUAAUCAUUGUGGGGGCCCAUCAUCCUUUUGGGGGACUUCAAGAGUAAUUGUUAGGGGUGUUCAUGGUUCAUUGCAGAAAACUUUAACAUUGUAAAUAUCAUAUACAGCAGAUCUCAAAGAGGUUAAAGAAUCAAUAUUUGUUAUAUACACCCAGAGUACAAAAACUUAAUGACUAGUUACAUGAUAAAGACUCAAAUCUGAAAUCAUGUAUAGGAAGCUAGGUGAAGCCUUUUUCUAGAAUCAGUUCUAUAUAUGACCAUUAAUAUUAUGACAAAAAUUAAAUAUAUAUAAUCUUAUAAAUUUUGAGGGUAACAUUUAUACCUUUAGAAAAGCAUGGAAGAGUCAAAAUAAAACCAAAGAUUAGGAAAUUAGUGACAAUAAAAUUGCCCCUUAAUUUUUUGUUUUUCUUCCAUCACGUAUCAGGUGGCUCUUCUAACAUGAGAUAAAGAUUUUUUUAUUGUACUUUAACAAGCAUGCUUGAGUUUACAGAAGGAGAGAGCCACACUCCAACUCCAAAGGCAGCUUUAAUUUUUAGUUGGGACAACAAAAAGACCAUUUAUAUUAUAUGUCUGUAGAAAAAGCACAAACAUUUGGGAAGAUUUAUGAAAUUUUAUUCUGCUUGAAAUAUAAUAUCUGAUAUGUCAAUGUGCUCUUUUUCUUGGUGUUUUUUUUUUCUAGAUGAUUUAUACUUUUUUGUCAGAUUUCUCAUUUGUCCAAUGAUCUUCAGAUUCCUUAGCAGAAUGUCUUCAUUCUCCUGAAAAAAACAAAACAAAACCCUGCCCCAACUCUAACUUUAAGGGAGGUUCUCUUUUGGCAAGUUAUAUCUGAUCAAAUGAGAAACAUUUGUUAGUUUUAAAGUUAAUUUAAAUUGAAUGGUCAUGCCGGUUGAUGAACAAUCACCUCUUUUAAUUAAGAGGUAUCUCUCAUUCAAAUCAAACCUUUAUCAAUUUUAAUGGUAUCCAUAGCUUUUCUUUUCCUGAACAAACAAAAACAAAGCCUCUUCCCCAAUUUAAUACAUAUCCUGGUCAUAUUCUGAGGUCAGCACAUCUUUAAAAAUACAGGCUGAUUUAAAUCCCUUGUUUUUUCUAUUAUCCAAUGUCUCUCUACAGCUGUCGUUCUUUUCUCAUUAACAUUUAGAAAAUUCAAAUUUAGGAAAGCAUUAUGCAAUCUAUUUCAGGAGGUCUUUAUUACCCCUUUCUGUUUAUUUAGCAUAUUCUUUAGAGUUUGAUUUGAUCUUUCUAUGACUGCUUGGCCUGUAGGAUUGUGUGAUAUACCUGUAAUAUGCUUUAUAUUGUAAUAAGCAAAAAAAAAAAAGAA